UUCAUCACUUCUCAGUCGUUAUCGGCAGUGCACAGUCACACACACGAGAGAGAGAGAGAGAGAGAAUGGCGGACCCUCAGAACCAGAAGCCAUGGAAGGUCGAGUACGCCAAGUCUUCACGAUCGUCAUGCAAAACCUGCAGAAACCCCAUUGAAAAAGAGAACCUCCGCUUCGGCAAAAUGGUCCAGGCCAAACAAUUCGACGGCUUCAUGCCCAUGUGGAACCAUGCUAGUUGCAUAAUGAAGAAGGCGAAGCAGAUAAAAUCAACUGAUGAUGUUGAAGGCCUCGAGCUCCUCCGGUGGGAAGAUCAGAAGAAAAUUAGAGAUUAUGUACAAAGUGGUGGAUCUGGUGGACCCUCGGAUACAACAACUACAAGCAAGGCCAGUGCUACAGAAAGUGGUAUUGAAGUUUCGCAAACUUCUCGGGCUACUUGCAGGCUCUGCAGCCAAAAGAUUUUAAAAGGGGAGGUCCGUAUAUCAACCAAGCCUGAAGGUCAAGGAGCUAGGGGCUUGGCAUGGCACCAUGCCAAGUGUUUCAUGGAAUCAUCACCAUCUACCCAAGUGGAGAAGCUGUCUGGAUGGGAGACCAUCCCAGUUUCUGAUCAGGCAGCUGUGUCUGCCUUAGUUAAGGAUGGCAAAGAAGUUAAAGAGAUCCUGCCACAGUCAACUUCUAAAGCUGGCACUAAACGAAGAAAAGAUGGGGAUGGUGAUCAGAAGUCAAAAGUUUCUAAGUCGGAAGGUGACGUGUCAACAAGCAGGGAUGUGUCUGUGAGUAAUGCUACUGAUAUGGAGAGCAAAAUGGAGGCACAAACUAAAGAGCUGUGGGCUCUGAAAGAUGAUCUCAAAAAGCAUGUGACAACUGUAGAGCUGCGUAAAAUGCUUGAAGCCAAUGCUCAAGAUUCAACAGGAUCAGAGCUUGAUUUGCGUGAGCGCUGCGCUGAUGGAAUGAUGUUUGGAGCACUUAGUACCUGCCCACUCUGUUCCGAUCAUCUUCACUAUUCUGGAGCCAUGUACAGGUGCCAUGGGUUCCUGACUGCAUGGAGCAAGUGUUCUUACUCUACUCAAGAAACUGAACGUCGUAAAGGGAAGUGGAAAAUCCCAGAAGAUACAGAUAAUCAAUUUCUGCAGAAGUGGUUUAAAUCACAGAAGGUUAGCAAACCUACACGAAUACUGCCACCGCCAUCAUCUAACAAUCCUGGAGGUCAAGCUUUCAAUGGCCAAUCUCAGUCUGGUGCAAGCUUGGGGGAUUUGAAAGUUUCUUUUCGUGGAUUACCAAAAGAAUCCAUGGAAAAGUGGAAUAAAGAUAUAGAGGGUGUAGCUGGGUCCGUUCAUGCUAAGAUAAAAAAAGAUACUAAUUGCUUGGUUGUGGGUGGAGGACUGGAUGAUAAAGAUGCUGAGAUGAAAAAAGCAAGGAGGAUGAAAAUACCAAUUGUUAGGGAGGAUUAUCUGGUUGAUUGCUUUAAAAGAAAGAAGAAGCUUCCAUUUGAUCUUUACAAAGUUGAAGCUGUUGGUGAAGCCUCUAGCAUGGUCACUGUCAAAGUGAAAGGGCGAAGUGCCGUUCAUGAAUCUUCUGGAUUGCAAGAUACAGGUCACAUACUUGAGGAUGGAAAAAGCAUAUAUAAUACAACUUUAAGCAUGUCUGAUUUGUCAACCGGUGUUAAUAGUUAUUACAUCCUCCAAAUUAUACAAGAUGAUAAAAGUUCAGACUGCCAUGUGUUCCGUAAAUGGGGACGAGUAGGCAAUGACAAAAUUGGAGGAACCAAACUAGAAGAGAUGUCAAAAUAUGAUGCCAUAUCUGAUUUUAAACGUUUGUUUCUUGAGAAGACUGGCAAUUCAUGGGAAGCAUGGGAGAAAAAGCAAGAUUUUCGGAAGCAACCUGGAAAAUUCUUUCCAUUGGAUAUUGAUUAUGGUGUUAACAAAGAGGUUUCAAAGAAAAAUCAGAACAAUGAACCCAGCAAAUUGCCUCCUCAGUUAGCAGAGUUGAUGAAGAUGCUCUUCAACGUUGAAACAUACAGAGCUGCCAUGAUGGAAUUUGAGAUAAAUAUGUCAGAGAUGCCACUUGGAAAACUGAGUAAAAGCAAUAUCCAAAAGGGGUUUGAGGCAUUAACGGAAAUACAGAAUCUAUUAAAGAGUGAUGGUGCCUCUUCCAUAAAAGAUAGCUUGAUUGUAGAUGCAAGCAAUCGAUUUUUCACAGUGAUACCUUCCAUACAUCCGCAUAUUAUUAGGGAUGAGGAUGACUUUAAGUCAAAGUUGAAAAUGCUAGAAGCUCUCCAGGACAUUGAAAUUGCUUCCAGAUUAGUCGGUUUUGAUGCUGAUAGUGAUGACUCUUUGGAUGAGAAGUAUAAGAAGCUCCAGUGUUGUAUGAAUCCACUUCCUCACGAUAGUGAAGAUUAUCGGUUGAUUGAAAAGUAUCUUCUUACUACUCAUGCCCCUACACAUACGGAUUGGAGUCUUGAACUUGAAGAAGUUUUUUCACUUGAACGGGAAGGGGAAUUCGAUAAAUACGCUCCUUACCGGAAAAAUCUUAAAAACAGAAUGCUGCUUUGGCAUGGUUCUCGGUUUACAAACUUUGUGGGAAUACUUAGCCAAGGACUAAGAAUAGCUCCUCCUGAAGCUCCAGCUACUGGUUAUAUGUUUGGCAAGGGGAUUUACUUUGCUGACCUUGUCAGUAAGAGUGCUCAGUAUUGCUAUACAGAUAAGAAAAAUCCUGUGGGCCUCAUGCUUUUAAGUGAAGUUGCCCUGGGAGAGAUCCAUGAGCUCAAGAAGGCCACAUAUAUGGAUAAACCUCCUAAGGGAAAGCACUCUACGAAGGGACUUGGCAAGAAAAAACCUGAGGAGUCGGACUAUGUUAAAUGGAGAGAUGAUGUCACUGUGCCCUGUGGCAAACCAGUGGAUUCACAUGUCAGGGCCUCUGAGCUGAUGUAUAAUGAGUAUAUUGUUUAUGAUACAGCUCAAGUUAAGAUGCAAUUUCUAUUGAAGGUGAAGUUUCAUCACAAGAGAUGAUGGAGGCAUAAGGAUAUCAGUAUUUUGGUCUGGUGUACAGUGCAGGUGGGGUGGCCAGAAACCCACAUGACUCUCUUCCGGUUUGUAAAACUUUCAAUAAGAUCUAUUUUGGGGAUUGCUGGAGAUCUUAUAACUUUUCCUUCUGGCACUGUAAAGAGUAGUGGGAAUCAAAAUCAUCUUUUGGUAUUUUGUGGGCUGUAUAACGAAUAUUAUUGUCAAUGAAGAUGAUCGAGGAAGUAACGAAUUUGUUUAACUUGAACUGAUUUUGUUAAGCAAAAGUUGUCUCCUGAUUU